AUGUCUGUCCCAUUAAGAGCACUUGGCCGUAAUGGUCCGCAAGUACCUGCCAUUGGUCUGGGUCUGAUGAGCCUGGGGGGUAUUUAUGGACCUGCAGGCUCCCUCGACGAGAAAGUCGCGUUCCUGGAGCAUGCGCAUGCCACUGGACAACGAUUCUGGGAUACAGCUGAUUUGUAUGUGGAUAGUGAAGAGAUUGUCGGAGAAUGGUUCAAGCGCUCUGGAAAACGCGAUGACAUUUUCCUCGCUUCCAAGUUUGCCAUUCAGAUGGAUCCCAAGUUGGAAAUCACGAUUCGCUCCGAUCCAGAAUAUGUCAAGUCUGCUUGUGAGAAAAGUCUGAAGAGACUUGGGGUUGAUACCAUUGAUCUCUACUACUGCCAUCGUGUAGAUGGAGUGACCCCCAUUGAGAAAACCGUUGAGGCUAUGGUCGAGCUGAAAAAACAGGGAAAGAUCCGGUACCUUGGUCUUUCAGAAGUAUCUGCUGCAACUCUCCGUCGGGCACAUGCUAUUCACCCUAUUACUGCCUAUCAAGUUGAAUAUAGCGCUUUUGCCCUGGAUAUCGAGUGGCCUACUGUGGAGCUUUUGAAGACUUGUCGAGAGCUUGGGGUAGCAGUUGUUGCGUAUAGCCCUAUUGGUCGCGGUAUCUUGACCGGGGAGAUUCAGUCGCCGAAGGAUAUCCCUGAUGAUGAUUUCCGGCAUAUGUUACCAAAGUACUCGGAACAGAAUUUCCCCAGAAUCUUGGAGCUUGUGCAAGGGCUCAAGGACGUGGCUCAGGCUCAUGGCAAGACUCCGGCCCAGGUUGCAAUUGCCUGGCUUCUAGCCCAGGGGUCUGAUAUCUUCCCUAUUCCGGGUACGAAGUCGACUAAAAGAGCGGAUGAGAAUUUUGCUUCUGCAUUACUGCACCUUACCGACGAGGAAGUGCAAGCUAUUCGGCAGCUUGUAGAACGGACUGAGAUUUCGGGCGCUCGGUACCCUGCCAUGUAA